AUGAAGGCAUGGGAAGUGUUAUCUUUCUCCCUCAUUCUAAUACCUUCUCUCGGUGGAUCUCAAGGUAAUUUCUUUUUCUAAUACAGGAGUGUGAAUGAGCAACAUAUCAUUGGACGAUGCGAUGAUGAUAUAAUUCUCCCUUGCUCAUUCAAGAGUGGGCCCGAAGUUGUAAUUCACUGGCAUUACCAAAACAAUAGCAAUGUUCACAGUUACUACAAUGGCAGAGACCAUUUGGAGAGACAACAUCACAGAUUCACAGACAGGACAUUCCUCUUCCACAGCGAGAUUCCCAGUGGGAAUGCCUCCCUGUCUGUCAGAAGACUGAGCCUUUUGGAUGAAGGAAUUUAUGUCUGCUAUGUGGGUACAGUAAGUGGGUACAACACUCACAAAGUGGUGCUGAAGGUGGGAGCUUUCCGCACACCUUUUAUGAAGUAUGAAAAGAGGAACGCAGACAGCCUCCUGAUAUGUGGUAUAUUAAGUGCUUAUCCUCACCCACAAAUCACAUGGAAAAUGGAUAACACAUCAGUCUAUGAAAGCAAUUUAGAAGAAACUGGCUAUCUGGGUCCAUUUUAUAUUAACAGUACACUGAAUGUUACGGGAUCAAAUUCAUCUUAUGAAUGUGCUAUUGAAAAUUCAUUCCUGAAUCAAACGUGGAAGGCACGCUGGACAUGGAAAGGUGCCCAUCGCAAAGUGCAAAGUGAACCCAUGUCCCUCUCAUGCCAGGCUGUCGGCAGUUUUUCUCUACCACGUCAAGACUUCCAUGUGACUUGGUCCAGGGUCGAAGGUGGGGCAUCUUCUAUCUUGGCUUGGUACCUGGGUGCCUCCCAGAACACAAUUGUCAAUGAGCGUCGUUUCUCAUGGAAUCAAGAGCUGAUAAAUCAGAGUGACUUCUCGAUGACUUUGAUAGAUCUCAGUCCUUCAGACACUGGGGAAUAUGUGUGCAAUAUUUCCUCAGGAGAAUACACUUCACUCACUGUUUACUACCUGCAUGUAGCUCCAGGUCAGGGGACAUUUUCCUGGAAAAUAUUUGUUCCAGUUUUUGUGGCUCUACUGAUUUUUCUGAUUAUGAUGCUAAGAUACCGCCACAAAUGGAGAAGGUGCUCCGCUGUCAGCACAGACACGUACUGGGAUUCUGUGGACAACAGUUCUAACCAUGGAGAUAACUCAGAGGAAGACGUGUCAGCAGGGAAGCUAAUACGCAUUUCUACCAAGAACUCAGAAAAGAUGCUGAGUCAAGAUCCGACCAACUGA